AUGUUCGCCAAGCUCUUCACCGUCGCCUCCAUCGCGAUCCUUGCUGCCGCCACCCCCACCCCCGGUGGGGAGCCCGCGUCGUCCUGCAGCACCGGGGACCUUCAAUGCUGCGACAGCGUCGAGAAAGCCAGCGACCCCGCUGCGGCGGGCAUUCUCGCCCUCCUCGGUAUCGUCGUCCAAGAUGUCGACGCGAUGGUCGGCCUCACCUGCGACCCCAUCACGGUCAUUGGUGUUGGCAGCAGCGGUUCUUGCUCUGCCCAGGCUGUCUGCUGCUCGGACAACUCCCACGGUAGCGCCGUCUCUAUCGGCUGCGUCCCCGUGACGCUCUGA